AUGACGAUUCUGCCCGCAAACCGAAUGCCCAGGAUCUUCGACUCCGCCCUGGGCCGCUCCUUCUCUUCCACAACAUGUCCCCAGUUCUUCGACCAGAUGCUCACCAACAAGACAUUCACCGAAUGCUUUCCCAUGUCCUUUUACCUGCAAUCGUCGUCGUCCUACGUGGCCACCAUUCGAUCCGCUACUAACAACACAAAACCGCUGGAGGAUAUUCUCGACACCUCGUGCAAUGGCAUCUCCUCCUUCUCAGACUGCACCGCCAUCAUGAAUGAUCUGGCACAGCGAAUGAUGCAGAACGCGACCUGUGGUCUCGACCAUCAGCGAAACAACUCCAACGUGGUCCAGGCAUACUCCAACCUCGUUGCAUACCCGGUCGUAUACCAAACCACCUGUCUGAAGACAGACGUCAGCAACUCGCCUGCUGGAGUGCCUACCUCACCUCAGAACAAUGGGACCGAGUACUGCUACAUCAACGCUCUGUACAACGAGGAGCUCGCCUCUGAAAGCUUUCUGUACCUGCUGGCUCUCGGUACUUCGUUCCCUACAGGACCUGGAUAUGGAUCACCAAGUUGCUCCGACUGCACGCGACAAGUGAUGCAAAUCUACCAUACCUUCACGGGCGACUCGAAACAACCCAUUCGACAGACAUACGAGGGAGCCGCGCGAGUCAUUGAUCAAAACUGUUCGGCCGGCUUUGCCCCCCCAGACCUGCUUGAGACGGAAGAGAAAAACAACAGUAAAGCUAACGCUGGCGUUAGAACUGCACAUCCUACUAGCAUCGUCAACAUGCUCAUUCUGUCUCUGUUUCUCAGUGCCGUUUUCACUAUUCUUUGA